AUGGCACAACGAAAAGAACGUGCAGUGACAAUUUCUAACGGUGAAAUUGGUCCUCGACUAUUCAAACUAUUAUUUCAGCAUCACAAGGGUCAUCUUCCUCAUUUCACAAAUACUGUACCCUCGACACUCUACUUAGCUUGUCAAAAUAACGAUCUAGCACGUGUAGAAUCAUGUCUGAAGAAAAUGAAACGUAAAGAAAUCGACUUUCAAUAUCCACCAAAUAAUGAAACUGCUCUACACGUAGCAACACGAAACCAGAACAAGGAAAUUAUUCAAAUCCUUUUACAUCAUGGUGCACAACGGUCGUUAAGAAAUGCAAAUGGUCAAGAAGCUUAUCAGCUAGCUGAAACAACAGAAAUAAGAGAUUUAUUUAAACGUCAAACAUCAUCAUCUCGUUUUGCCUUUUUACACGGUCUCUAUAAAACAAAUACUUUGUCUCAACACAAGAUUAAAUGUGAAAGUUGUUCACUAGUAAAUGAUGAUACUUUCUAUGAAUGGGAAUUAGUUGAUCUAAAUGCAGUACAGAAAGCACGAAGAUUUCGUCAUGAAUUGAAACCAUCUAAAUCAAUGGCUAAAAAAGAUUUAAAACAAAAACUUUAUUCAAUAAAUAAAGGUUAUAUUGAUGCACGUCUAAAAGAUCUUUCUGAAACAGAUGAUUCACGUAUACAUGAUUAUUUUAAACGUGCACUGCUUCUACAAGAACCCUACUAUAUUAUCACUUCAUAUACUAUAUGUCAAAAUUUUUCAGAAUUAUUAAACAAAGAUAUGGCACGUAACGUUAUACAUGAUUUGAAGAAUGGUUGUAGUAAGUUUUCUUGUGACUGUCUCUAUUCAACGGAAGAUGGUACCAAAUCAAUUACAAAUAUUCUUCUUCAUCAUCAAAAGUUUCAAGAAUUUAGUUUCCAAGGUGAAGUUUAUCGUGGAAUUGUCGUACCUAAGAAUGCGCUUGAUCAUUAUAAAGUUAAUUCUUGUAUUAUUACAACUACACUUCUUUCAACAUCAAGAAAUCCUGAUGUUGCAAAAAUUUUCUGUGAUAAAGGACCGGAAAAUCCAUCUAAACAUUCAUUCUUCUGUAUUUAUGAAAUAUGUAAUGACAAUCGUACUGCUCUUAAUAUAUCGAAAAUAUCAGAAUUUGAAGAUGAAGAUGAAGUAGUAAUCUUACCGUAUUCAGCUUUUCUUAUUACAAAGAUUGAACAAGGACAAGAAAUAACAAAUAUUUAUUUGAAAGAACAAUCUUUAACACAUAUGUUUGGUGACGAUGGAUCACCAGAAUAUUUAAUUAGGUCGACCGUACAUCCAGUGGAACUUGUCUGGAGUAGUCUAUUGCAAAACGCAAGUGGAACAUUAUUACAAGAAGAUAAUAAUACAAGACCACGAUCAAAGACGACGCCUGUAUAA